ACAGCAGCUCGCGCAGCUUUGGAGCAACAGCGACAUGUAUCACCCACCAUGAAGCUUGAUAAGUCUCCUUCAUCCUCUGGUCCCUCUUCGCCACGUGGAUUGCAUCAAGACAACUUGGCUUUACCAACAACAGCUCACGCAGCUUUAGAGCAACAGCAACAGGUAUCACCCGCCUUAAAGCUCGAUAAGACUCUCUCAUCAACACAACCAAUCGGUACCUCCUCACCUUUUGGAUUGGAUCAAAGCAAGUGUGUUUCCUCAUCAACAACUUCACAACCUUCUGUGACAGUCAAGUUGGAGCAAAAGCAACAAAUGCCAACCGCUUUGGAGCUUGAUAAGACUCCUUCCUCAUCUGGUUCCUCUAGAAAUCUCGUCAAUGAUCAAGGUAAAUUGGCUACGUCCAGCACUCAAUCAGUCAACCCUCACCUAGGUCAUGACAUGAUUUAUUCAAAUCCUAUUCAAUUUGACUAUGAUAUGAUCUUUGGACACAACAAUCCACCUCUUAAUAUCACAAAUCCAUAUGUAGCAGAAUCUCUUCAUGAGGAAACAAUGGCAAGAAGGUCCUUGGGUGAAUUACCUGUACCAUCGCUUGACGCUUUACCACCCAUGGAUGAAGUAUUGGAUACCUUGGCCUCGUUGAAUAAAGAUUCAGUUGCUUCGGAGGAAGGCAAGCCAUCAACAUCACCAUCGGUAGCCUCACCAGCACAACCGCAAGGGAAGAGCAAAGUGGGUAGAAAGAAGGCAGCACGACAAAAGAAGGCUGAAUUAAAGAAAAAGAGAGCUAUGGAGUUGGCUGCUCGUAGACAUAACGACCUGCCCAAAAAGUCUGAUGAGCUCGACUUUGAUGCCUUGUUGAGACAACAUGAAGCUGCUUCCACCUCAGUGGUGCAACCCUCAGCCCACCAGCAACAGCACCAAAGAAAACCAGCACAACCAGCACAACAAAAGCAUCAACAGUCCGGUUUUGCUCCUCAAAGCAAUCCCGUCAAGGCACCAAAGGCAUUCAACCGCCCACAACAAAAAGGAAUUGAGCCUCAACGGCCUUUCCAGCAAAAGAAAUUUGUGCCGACUGUUGUAUGCAAGUACUAUAUGCAAGGAACAUGCCGACAAGGCUCUAACUGUACCUUCAAGCACGAUGGCAAGCCUCCCCCAGCCCCAACUGCGCGUAUCGUCUGCCAGUUCUACAAGACGGGGUCGUGCACCCAGGGGGAGGACUGCAAGUUCUCACACGAUUUGAAGUUGGAGCCUUGUCGGUUUUUCCAUAUGCAAAGGGACUGUACGCAGGGCGAGUACUGUCCCUACUCGCAUGAGCCCUUGAACAAGGACCGGUUGGAACGUCUUCGACUUCUGACCGGUCAUUGCCGAUUCUACUUGUUCAAGGGCUUCUGCAAUACUGGCGACGAGUGCCUUUUCUUGCACUCUGAUGCCACGGAAGAAGAAAGAAAGAAGGUGGAAGCUACCAUUACCGCUUGUAGGUACUUCCACCUUACCAAGAACUGUAGACAAGGGGACAAUUGCUUCUACUUGCACAGCGAGGCAACUCCUGAGCAAGUUAGAAGCUUGUCCAAGUAAACCUUGUCUACAGUUCUUCCCAUUCCAUUCCUUUUACUUUCCUUUCUUUAUGACUCUUUCUUCUUCCGCCCCUUCCAUUCCUUUUCUCGCCUUCCUUUCCUUUCCUUUUUUCGCCUCCCUUUCCUUUCCUUUAAACCCCUUCCCUUCCUUUUUGUAAAUAAAUAAAAAAAAAAAAAAAUUU